UGAAACGCGGAGCUGUCCACUGGUUCAGAUAGAUCUCUGCCGGUUUUACUGGAUGUGCAUGGGCAAUACUCUUAAUCCAAGUUAUUCUUAGCAAUACCUUUUCAAUUUGGGACAUUUUCCAGUUAUGUCUUCCUUCCUUCGUACCUGUUCGUUGGGACUUCUUUAGCAGUUGACAUCAGACAUUUCUCAGCGUCAAAGCAGCGUGCCCGUGUUGUGCGUGUGUUUACAGCCACUAUCCCACAAUGCCUCGCUCUUUCUUGGUCAAGAAAGUCAAGUUGGACGAUUUUUCCGCGGCUGAACUAGAGAGCUCGUAUGGACACAGCCGGAGAGAGGAGCUAAGUCUGCGUUUCCAUCACCAUGAUAAAGGCUACGGCUAUCUCAGUCCAUCUCACUACGAUGACGUGGUUGUAAACGACUCCUCCGUCAUCACUAAAGUCGCAUCUCCUGAACACCCCGCGCUGAUCUACGGACGCAUCGAAGACCCCUACAAUGGCGACAUCCAUGGCGACUCCGACCAACCGGACAGCCCCAGAUCCGAAGUUUCAUCGUCUGCCGGCGGCUACAUCAAUGGAGAUACGGCGGUCAGCGAAGGUUACACGGUUGACGCUUUUUUCAUCAUGGACGGUCGCUCGAGACGGAAGUCGGGGGGCAGCAGAGGGGCAGCGCAGAGGCACACAUGUAGCGAAUGCGGUAAAACCUACGCAACUUCGUCAAAUCUUAGCCGGCACAAGCAAACGCACAGAAGCAUAGAUAGCAAAAUGGCCAAGAAAUGUCCGACGUGUGGAAAAGUGUACGUAUCCAUGCCGGCAAUGGCGAUGCAUUUACUGACCCACGACUUGAAGCACAAAUGCGACGUCUGCGGAAAGGCGUUCAGUCGUCCGUGGUUACUUCAAGGUCACAUGAGGUCACAUACAGGGGAAAAACCAUUCGGAUGCGCUCAUUGUGGUAAAGCGUUCGCCGAUAGAUCGAACCUCCGCGCACACAUGCAAACUCACUCAGCCUUCAAGCAUUACAAAUGCAAAAGAUGUGACAAGACUUUCGCUCUAAAAAGUUACCUAAACAAGCAUUACGAAUCUGCAUGUUUCAAAGGCGCGUUUUCUCCUAUUAGCACUCUCAGUGAAUGACCAAUUUGACACUGUUAUGUGGGAUGAAAUUGCGUCCGUAGUGGCUUCUUCCUGUGAAAAAAAAAACAGGAACUUUGAAUCCGAGCGAGGAUCAUGAAGCAACAG